UACAGUUACUUUUCUAUAUCGAACUUUAUGGUUUGUUAAUAAUAUGCUGCCUUUGUGGGACUCAGAAAUGCUAAUGGUAAGAAGGCUAUUUAUUCACUGCACUGAAUAGAAGAGCUGCAGGAACAAUGGCUUCAAAGGUCUCAUGUUUAUACGUGCUAACAGUAGUUUGUUGGGCAAGUGCUCUUUGGUACUUAAGUAUAACACGUCCUACUUCUUCCUACAGUGGCCAUAGACAGUUCAAUACCAUAUCAAUAGCCAGGAAAAAUGUCUCUUUUGGCAACAUAAGAACUCGACCUAUAAAUCCACAUUCAUUUGAUUUUCUUAUAAAUGAGCCUACUAAAUGUGAGAAAAGCAUCCCUUUUCUAGUCAUUCUUAUCAGCACAACUCACAAAGAAUUUGAUGCAAGACAAGCUAUUCGAGAGACAUGGGGAGAUGAAAACAACUUUAAAGGCAUUAAAAUUGCCACUCUCUUCCUCCUAGGGAAAAAUUCAGAUCCUGUGUUAAACCAGAUGGUAGAGCAAGAAAGUCAAAUUUUUCAUGAUAUUAUCGUGGAGGACUUCAUUGAUUCUUAUCAUAACCUCACCCUUAAAACAUUAAUGGGUAUGAGGUGGGUGGCCACAUUUUGUUCUAAAGCAAAAUAUGUCAUGAAGACAGACAGUGAUAUUUUUGUAAAUAUGGAUAACCUUAUUUAUAAACUGCUCAAACCCAACACCAAGCCAAGAAGACGGUACUUUACUGGUUAUGUUAUCAAUGGAGGACCAAUUAGGGAUGUCCGCAGUAAAUGGUACAUGCCUAGAGAUUUGUACCCUGAUAGCAAUUACCCACCAUUCUGUUCAGGCACUGGCUACAUUUUUUCAGCGGAUGUAGCAGAAAUGAUUUACAAAACUUCUCUGCACACUAGACUUCUUCACCUUGAAGACGUGUAUGUUGGACUCUGUCUUCGAAAGCUUGGCAUUCACCCUUUCCAAAACAGUGGCUUCAAUCAUUGGAAAAUGGCCUACAGCUUGUGUAGAUAUCGCAGAGUGAUCACUGUGCAUCAGAUAACUCCAGAAGAAAUGCACAGAAUUUGGAAUGACAUGUCAAGCAAGAAGCAUCUUAGGUGUUAA